AUGUCGGCGGGCAAUCGGGAGAGCUGCUCAGCGCCGAGGCAUAAGCGAGGCAGGUCGGCGCGGAGAAGGCGGAGGGGGCCAAGGACAGGCGGACGGCCGGGGAACCGGGCGGGAGUGCGGGCGGCUCGCGAGGUCGCUGCUCGCUACCUGGGCCCGCCCGAGGCCGCUGCGAGCGUGGAGACGGCGACGGGCCGGGGGCAGGAGCGGGAGGAAGAGCUGUGGCUCGAAGGGCUGCAAAGGCGCAGAGGAGCUGCGUCGGGGCUGGGUGUUGGUGUUGGUCGGCGGCGGCGCAAGUCUCCUCCCCGCUGGCACCGGGCGCCGAGGCCACACCUGGCCGGUUUCUUCCCAGGGCGGGAAAACCACGACUUCCUGGAAAAGUCUUCACCCCAAGUGAAAUUGAAGGCGGCAGGGGAGGUCUCCGUGGGAUGUGGAGGGGAAGGGAAGUAUCCAUGGGACGUGGAGGAGAGAGGGGAGAUCUCCAUGGAGUGUGGAGGGGAAAGGGAGGUGACCAUAGCUCUGCUUCCUCCACAGGGAGGGGAGGUGGCCCAGUCUGGCUCCAUCCAGCAGGCUUCACCUGUGCCCUCAGCCCCACCACAGGCAGAGCCGUCCGGCUCUGCCCGUGUUGCUAGACUUCCAGUUCACUUUUGUUCAGUUCAGAUCUCAGAGAAAUUUGCACUAACAGGGGUGAGUUCAGUCAAAGCUGGCUAUGUGCGAACUAUCAACUGGAAACAGAAUGCUGGCCGUGAAAAGAGGAGGACUUUCUCCUCACUGUGCCCUUUGUUAAAACUUUUUUGGCAAAGGAGGAGCAAAACUAUGAAAUCAGACUCCCCUGCAGAAAAUGAAGAUGCUAAAACCAGAAGAGGCCAGACUCUGGUGAAGCAGGAGAGAAAGCAGCCAAAUCUGAAAAAAAUCAGUGGCAGUUCUGUGGUAGAGAUGCAAGGAGAUGAAAUGACACAAAUCAUUUGGGAGUUGAUUCAAGAGAAACUCAUUUUUCCCUAUGCGGAAUUGGAUCUACAUAGCUAUGAUUUAGGCAUAGAGAAUCGUGAUACCACCAACCACCAGGUCACCACGGAUGCUGCAGAAGCUAUAAAAAAGUAUAACAUUGGUGUCAAGUGUGCCACUGUCAUCCCCGAUGAGAAAAGGGUUGAGGAGUUCAAGUUGAAACAAAUGUGGAAAUCGCCAAAUGGCACCAUCCAAAAUAUUAUUCUAGGUGGCACAGUCUUCAGAGAAGCCAUUAUCUGCAAAAAUAUCCCCCGGCUUGUGAGUGGAUGGGUAAAACCCACCAUUGUAGGUCGUCCUGCUUACGGGGAUCAAUACAGAGCAACUUAUUUUGUUGUUCCUGGGCCUGGAAAAGUAGAGCUAACCUACACACUAAGUGACAGCACCCAAAAGGUGACAUACCUGGUACAUAACUUGGAAGAGGAUGAUGAUAGUGUUGCCAUGGGGAUGUAUAAUCAAGAUAAGUCAAUUAAAGAUUUUGCACACAGUUCCUUCCAAAGCUCUAAGGGUUGGCCUUUGUAUCUGAGCAAAAACACUAUUUUGAAGAAAUAUGAUGAAUGUUUUAAAGACAUCUUUUAGGAGAUAUAUGACAAGCAGUACAAGUCCCAGUUUGAAACCCAUAAGAUCUUGUAUGAGCAUAGGCUCAUCGAUGACAUGGUGGUCCAAGCUAUGAAAUCAGAAGGAGGCUUCAUCUGGGCCUCUAAAAAGUAUACUGGUGACAUGCAGUCAGACUCUGUGGCUCAAGGGUAUGUCUCUCUUGGCAUGAUGACCAGUGUGCUGGUGUGUCCACAAGGCAAGACAGUAGAAGCAGUGGCUGCCCACUGGACUAUAACCUGUCACUACCGCAUGUCCCAGAAAGGCCAGGAGACGUCCACCAAUCCCAUUGCUUCCAUUUUUGCCUGGACCAGAGGGUUGGCCCUCAGAGCAAAGAUUGAUAAUGAUAAAGAACUUGGCUUCUUUGCAAAUGCUUUGGAAGAAGUCCGUAUUGAGACAAUUGAGGCUGGUUUCACGACCGAGGACUUGGCUGCUUGCAUUAAAGGUUUACCCAGUGUGCAAUGUUCUGACUACUUGAAUAUGUUUGACUUCAUGGACAAACUUGGAGAAAACUUGAAGAUCAAACUGGCUCAGGCCAAACUUGAAAUUCAUACCUGGGCUGAGGAGGAUAAGUAUCUUUUGGCAACUAGGUUUACAGUAUAUAAUGAAGGGCAUGACCCACCAGUGGGAAUUGACACUAUGGAAGAGCUAUUUGCGUUCACGGAUAUGAGCAGACUAGGAAAAGAGAAAUGA